AUGUCUUCCGGAAGGCUCAUCACAUCGGCCGAAUGGACCGUCUUCUCUAGCGAGUUCAUGAAGCUGGCCACCGCGGGGCCGGGCGUGGCCCCGGCGGCACACAUGGCCCGGCGCGCCCACGAGCUGCUCCCCUUCUCCCAGGCGACGACCGUCGUGGACAUCGGCUGCGGGCCGGGCCAAAUCACCGACGCGGUGCUCGGUGCCCAUAGCGCUGCGCUUCCACCGACGGCCAAGGUUGUCGGUGCGGACCUGAACGCGCAGAUGCUGGAGCAGUACAACAAGCGUAAGGAGAGGGAGGUGGACGGGGGCCAUGCCUACUGGUCCCGUGCGCAGAGCGUCCAGACCGACAUCACCGACUGCGCCGCGUUUUCCGACGGUGCCGUCAGCCAUAUGCUCGCGGGCUUUGUGGUGUUUCUCGUCCCCGCGCCGGCGCAGGCCCUACAGGCGAUGAAGCGCGCGCUGGCCCCGGGCGGGGUACUCGCCAUGUCCGCAUGGACGACCAGCCAGUGGAUGGAGCUGAUGUACUACCCGACCAAAGUGCGGCCGGACUUGGGCAUGCCGACGCUGCCGAGCACGUGGUCGUCGACGGACGGGGUCAAGGCGCAGCUGGCGACGGCAGGGUUCAAGGACAUUGAGGUUGUGGAGACGGAGGGGUACAUGCCCUUUGACGACCAUGCGGAGAUUUGUCGCUUCAUCUUGACCAAGAUGCCUCCCAGCGCGCGGAUGGUAGCACAAAUGACGGACGAGGAGGUGGUGCGGACGCAUGAAUUGAUGGUGCAGGAUUUGAGAGAGUGGUAUCCCUCUGUUCCGGCCAAGAUGGUCGGGAAGGCGACGAUUGCGUUUGCAAAGAAGUGA